AGCGGCGGGGGACGCACUCGCCCGGAGGCCGCGAUGGGGGGGGGAGACCUGAACUUGAAGAAGAGCUGGCACCCCCAGACCCUGCGCAAUGUGGAGAAGGUGUGGAAGGCGGAGCAGAAGCAUGAGGCCGAGAGGAGGAAGAUCGAGGAGCUGCAGCGGGAGCUGCAGGAGGAGCGGGCGCGCGAGGAGAUGCAGCGCUACGCCGAGGACAUGGGCACGCUGCGGAAAAGGGAAGAGAAGCUGGAGUGGAUGUACCAGGGCCCCGGGGGGAUGGUGAACAGGGAGGAAUAUCUCAUGGGGCGCCCUGUGGACAAGUUCAUCUUCGAGAAGGCCGAGGACAAGGAGGCAGGGUGUUCCAGUGAGACUGGGCUGCUGCCAGGAUCCAUCUUUGCCAAGUCUGGGGCCAACUCCGUGCUGGACAUGGCCAACAAAAUCCGGGAGGACCCUCUGUUCAUGAUCAGAAAGAGGGAGGAGGAAAAGAAGAGGGAAGUUCUGAACAACCCCGUGAAAAUGAAGAAAAUCAAAGCUUUGCUGCAGAACAGUUUGGAUAAAAAGGAGAAGAAGAAGAAGAAGGAGAAGAAGAAGAAGCACAAGAAGCACCGACGGCGCAGCUCCAGCAGCGACAGCUCCAGCAGUGAGGAGGAGAGAAGCAAAAAUAAGUCUCAGAAGAGGAUGGACAAUUCCUCCUGGAAACCUGCUCCUUACAAAGUCCCAGGAUAUGGUUUGCAGGUGAGAGACUCAGAGCAGAGCCACAGGUCCCGGAGCUCCCCAGGGCCUGGCCAGGACAGGGCUCCCCACAGGCCCCGGGAUCGCUCCCGCAGCUCCUCCCGCUCCCCCCAGAGACAUUCCAGCAGGAGGAACUCGGAGCAAUCCGGCUCCAGGGGCUCGGGAUCUCCUUCCAAACACAGCAAACAGCACAGCAGUCGGGAGGAGAAGGGGAGAGCCAGGAGCCCUUCCCCCAAAAAGAGCUACCGGCGCCAGCACCCCCCGGGUUACACCAGAAAACUCUCUCCAGAGGAACUGGAGCGUAAACGGCAGGAAAUGAUGGAAAAUGCCAAGUGGAGGGAAGAGGAGAGAGCAAACAACCUCAGGAAACACAGGAAGGAGGAGGAGCUGGAGCGGGAGCUGGAGAAACUCGAUGCCAGGGAUGGAAAGUUCUUCCACCGUUUGAAGCUGGAGAGUGCCUCCACCUCCACCCUGGAGGAGCGUGUGAAGAGGAACAUCCACUCCCUGCAGAGAACUCCUGCUGCCUUGGAAAAGAACUUUAUGCAGAGAUGAGGCUUGUUCUCCCUCUGCUCCUGUGCAGCAGUUAAAUGGACUCUUGUUCCCAGAGGUGAGAGCCCUCCAGCACAGCCUCACUGCUCUCUCCAGGAACACUUCCCAACUCCCAGAGGUGCUGGAUCUCUGUGCUGAGCCCAGGGCGUGCUCAGGACUGGGGGCACUGGGAAUACUUUUGUAGUGGGUGGGACCUUGGCUGGGGAACUCGUGAGCCUCUGUGGUCCAUUUUUAGCUUUUCCUUCCCUCUCCCCACCUUGGCUGGUGUCACUUUUGUAUAUUGUUACCAAAUUUUGCCAGGUGGUCACUGCUUCCUACUACCGAGCUCUUUAUAGGCCAGAGCUAAACAGCUAUUUUUAUUAAUCCUUAAAAGUCAGAGCAGAACCAAUUGACAUGUGAGUUAAUUUCGUGGAAUUUGAUAAAACCACACGAGCCCUGUCCAUCCUGUCACCAUUUCAGGUGUGCAGGGUGUGAUGUUAGGCCGGUCUCAGAGUAUCUGUGGCCAUUAUUUGGUUACUCACAGAUUUUACUGAUAUUUGACCCAAAAGAAGCUGCUUCCAGGGGAAGGGAAAUGAGCAGAGCGUAGCUGGGUACAGCAGACAUUUCUCUGGGAUUUUGUACUGUAAGUAAUGUGUAUAUGUACAGCGGUGUAGAUUUAUUUUGUCUUUUUAAUUAAGAAACUCCACUGUCGUUUGUUAAA